CAGAGCACAUUUCUUUUUAAUUUAUUUUUACCAAAAUUGAAGUGGAUUAUCUCACGAAUGUAUGAAAUGUAUUAAAUUUUAAUCCGAAAAUUAAAAUAAUGCAAGUUUUCAAACUGUUGCGUUUACUGUACCGUCGCAGCCAUUCAUUUUAAUAUUUAGUGUGAAACUACGUUUAAAAUGCUUACCUUUAUUUACAUUUUUUUACUAAAAACAAAGUUUUUGUGAAUUUUUUUUAUUUUGUUAUAUCUGAUAUAAUUUAGUGUUUCGACAAAAUUUUAUAGUGUCGUCAGUUAAAGAAAUAUUAAGUGCUGUUCGUUUUAAAAUUGUCACCCUGUAUAUGAGAAUUAAUAUAAAGGAGAGAAAUUUUAUUUUCUAUAGAUAAUUAUAAUUACCUAUACGGUAAAUAUAAACUUAAACCCGUUAAUUAAGUUACUUGGUUAAAAGUAGUUAAAAAAGUGGUAAAUAUUACCUUCUUUUUAACCAAAAGGUACCACCGUGAUUAAUUAUGGGUUUAUGGUAACACCUUUAUGUCUUAAUUAAAUAUGACCUUUGCUAUGAAUCGUAAAUACCAAAUCGUUUUUGAUACGAAAACGGAAUAGAACCUUGAGGAAACCCUUGCAUCAAUUAAAAUACUUAAUACCCAAUUACACUAAUCAAACAUUUAAUUGGUCAUCAAAAACAUCUAAUAUGACAAUUAAAAGCAAACAUGUUCGAAAAAUUAAACGCUGAUGAGGUAAGAAACGAUUUCUAAUGCCUCCAAAAUUAAAAUAAUUUCCUCCGUCAAUCAAGCUAUGUAGGUAAUUAUUCCGAAAUUUAUAACUGUACCUGAUAGGUGUGGACCUCGUAGCUCGGCCAUAAAUACAACCUGCGCGGCGAUUGGUCGGCGGCCGACUCCUCCCCCUUAAACAAACGAGGGAGCGCAAGUUAUCUCCAUUAUCUUUUAUAACCACCAGAGUCUCCGUUCGGUCAGGAUCUCGGGAUCAGUGCUCAGUUAAAAGUGCAAAGUGUCGUUUAUCAGUGUCGAAAACUAUGUCCAUAGCCUCAUACUACGGCUCGGGAAUGUACCGCCACCAGCAGCCGGUGGCCCCGAACGGGCACUUCCAGCAAAACGUGCCCAUAUCGUGGUACUCCGGCUACCACCAGGCCCCGCAGAUGACCCCGACGAGCCAGUACACGCCCUGCCUGGAGGAGCAGCAGAUUUGGCAUCACCAUGGCGCUCCUCCGCACGGCGUCUUCCCGCACGAUUACCAGGAUUACGUGCCCAACUCGGGUAUCCCGCACGGAGGCGCUCUGGAGCCCGAAAGUCAGCUGCCGUCGCCGCCGAUCACCGUUUCGGGAAGUGAAAUGUCCUCGCCAGGUGCUGGUGGAAACAUAUCGCCGCAAAAUCACCAACAAAUGACCAGGCCAGCGCAAGCCAGGAGCCCGUACGAAUGGAUUAAGAAGAACAACUACCAGUCACAACCUAACCCUGAAUUAGAUUGUCUUGAUAUCGAUUCCGAAUAUAACACAACCACUGGCAAAACUAGGACAAAAGACAAGUACCGCGUGGUAUACACCGAUCACCAGCGCAUCGAGCUAGAAAAAGAAUUCACCUUCAACAACAAAUACAUCACAAUCAGGAGGAAAUCGGAGUUGGCGGCCAAUUUGGGUCUGUCGGAAAGGCAAAUCAAAAUCUGGUUCCAGAACAGGAGGGCGAAAGAGAGGAAGCAAAACAAGAAGAGGACGGAAGAGAAGCACCAAAUCGACAUUUCCCAGAACGUGUCUGCGCCCUAUCAACCGAACAUGAUCAGUCAGCAUCCCCAGGUGCAGCACCAGCUGGAGAUGACGACUGCUCUGCCCAACAUGAUGUCCAAUCCCUCUUUGGUGAUGCAGAAGUUUAUGGAGAGUCAGAACAUGAAACUGGAGCCUUCAGAAAGAGACCAGAUGGGAGGUUAGAAGUUGAGGGGAUCAGCCCAAGAUCUGAGGCGUCCUUGAAUUAUGUGCAAUCCUUAAUUAAAAAUUUUUUCUCGUGCAAUCAUAUUCUCCAAGAGAAUUACUAGUUUUAGUUGGAUAUUUAUAUAUUUGGACACUGCUACUGCGUGGUUGAGUGACGUUAGUGAUAAUAAGAAACUGCAGAAAUUUCGCGAUAUGAUGAGGGUGUUGUUGAUGACAUUCACCAGGUUUUUUCACCAAUCAAUUUGGUUGUUUUGUUUAUAUAAGUGAUAACAAAUGACGUUGGUAGUUUUACGCCUUAUGUAUUAAAUUAUUUGUGUAUAAAAGUUUUAAUGUAUCCUUGUAGUUCCUUU